AUGACUCAAAGUAUUAAAAAAUUUUUUCCACCAAUAAAUCAUAAACCGUUACCUAUUUCAUCUGACGAAACAUCAGAUGAUACUAUUAUAUCUGAUAAUAAUAAUGAAACUGACGAAUUAAACAAAAGAAGGAAGUUAAAUAAAAAAAACUCCGGGAGACAUAAAAAAGAAAAUUUAAAAUUUAAACACAGCUGGAAAGUUGGCAGACCGUGGUUGAAAUGUGAAAUUGUUGAAGAUCAAAAGCUAAUGUUUUGUGCCAUGUGCCAAAAAGCAAAUCUUAAAGCAUCUUUGUGGUCAACAACAGGUUGCAAUUAUAUGAAACUGGAGUACGUUAAGAGACAUGAAGAUUCUAAUGAACACAAAACUUCUAUUAAUUUUCUUGACCCAGCACAGACAAGUAUUAAAGAAAAUUUUGUUACUUAUCAAAUGAAUAAUGUUGAUUCUAUAACUAAUGAAGAACCAUUGGAAAUUUUACGUUCACCAAAAUUUGAAUUUAACAAAGAUUCAUUAGAAACAAUUAAAAAAAAUCAAAAUAGCAAUUAUGCUACUUAUAAUAAUAAAGUAGCUGGACGUGACUUUUUGAAGUCUAUUGCUAGAAUUAUAGAAGAGAAUGUUAUUUUAGAAAUUAAAAAUUCAACAUUCUGGUCACUUCUAUUGGAUGAAAGUAAUACUAAUUCAACUGCAGAAAAAACAUUAGCAUUGGUUUCAAAGCAUAUUACUGAUGAUAUGCCAGUAUUACGUUUUUUAGGAUUAAUAAAGAUUAACAAUGCUACUUCUGAUUCUUUAUUAUCAGUUGUUGAGAGUUUUUUAUUACAAAAAGGGUUGGAAAUUAGUAAAAUGUAUCAUUUUGGUAGUGAUGGUGCAUCCAACAUGCGUGAUACGGUGGUUAUCAUGGGCAAAUGUGAUAAAUAA